GGACUUGGCGGUGACAGGGCCCCAAAUGCGGUGUUUUUACCGGUUAUUCUGGAAAAACAGGUCGUGGGGCGAUAGCGAUCGGUGGCUGGCAGGGCGGGUGCGGAUACAAGGCGGGUGCGGGGAGCUGCGGGUCACCGGCGGGGGCUGCCGGCUGGUGCCGCCUCCCUCCCGCUGCCAGACUCCCGCGGUGCCCGGAGCCCGUCCUGAGAGAUGCCCGGACCCCCUCCCGGGACGCUUGAAGCCCCUCCCGGGGUUCCAGGAGCCAGUUCCGCGGUGCCUGCGGUGCCCCGAGCCCAUCCCAGGCUGCUCGGAGCCUGUCCUGGGAUGUCCAGCGCUCACUUCGGGAUGCCCGGAGGCCCACUCGGGAUUGCCCGGAGCCCGUUCCGGCAUGCCCGGAGUCCCUCCCGUGGUGCCCAGCCCGUUCCGGGAUGCCCUGAGCCGUCUCGGGAUGCCCGCAGCCCCUCCGGCGGUGCCCGGGCUGUCCCGGGUCACGCAGCGGCCGGUCCGGUUGGGUUCGCUGCGGGCGGCGCCGCGCUGGUGCCCUGCCAAGGCGGGCAGAAACAGAAACCUUUAACCCCUGAAAUAUUUACAGCGCCGCAAACCCCGCGGUGCUGCGCGCUCCGAGCCGGCACAGCGGCACCGCGCCCGGCCCGGGCUCUAUCCGCACCGUCCCGCGAGCGCUCGGGGCGCGGCGGUACCGCCGGGCCGGCUCGGAGCGAACCGAGCCCCGCCGCCGCUCCAUCUCCCGUCCCUCCCGGCUCGCCUCCCUCUCUCCCCGCCUCCCUCCGUCGGUCCCCGCCUCCCUCCGCGCUCGCGGAGCCCGUCUCGCCGUGUCCCUCGGCGGGAGCCGUCGCGGGCGGGCGCGUUGCGAUGUCGCUGUGGCUGCGCUGGGGCCGCGGCCCGGAGCGCAGGGCGGCCGAGCGGCGGGAGCUGGAGGAGCGCAGCCGGCAGCAGUGGGAGAGCACCAGCCGCGCCUUCGCCCGCGCCGCCGCCUGCUGCUCCCUGCAGGCGCGGUGGAGCGAGCCCCGCGUCCCCCCGCCCAGCGCGGCGGCGGCGCGGCGGGACGCGGAGGAGGCGGCGGCGCGGCUGGAGCGGCGGCGGGAGCGGCUGGAGCGGCUGCUGGGCGAGGAGCGGGAGGCGCUGGCGGCGGAGCUGCGGGAGCGGCGGCGGGGCGGGAUGCGGAGCCAGGAGCUGCGGGACGGCCCCGCAGAGUGCGGGAGGAAGUUUGCUGAGCCGCCGCUGCAGGAGCGCUGGAACAAAAACAACACGCAGCUCCGAGAGGCAGAGUCUGAGCUGCACAGGAAGCACUUGAGGGAGGCUUGGGGUGAUCAGCUAACACAACAAAACAAGGAAGAGGUGACCAAACUCGAAGAGAAGAAACGUUAUGAAAACGAGUACAAAAUGACACGAGGGGAAGCGCUGGAAAGAACGAGACAAGAGGAAGAGAAGCCUCAGCUGGAGAAGCAGCAAGCAGAGGCCUUGCUUCAGCAGAUAGAAGAACUGAAACUGCAGGAGACAAAGGCAACAAAGCUGAAAAAGGAACAAGAGAAUUUAUUAAAGCAGCAGUGGGAGCUGGAGAAGUUGGAAGAAGAAAGGAAACAAAUGGAAGAGCACCGGAGGAAGAGGGAGCUCGGUCGCUUCUUGAAGCAUCAGUGUGACGUCCAGUUAAGGAGACGAGCGCAGCAGGUACAGGAGGAGCUGGAGACAGACAGGCAAAUCUUAUCAGCCCUCCUGGAGAAAGAAGAGGAGGAUCAGAGCCGGCAGAUCGCACGGCGGGGACAGGCGGUGGCAGACGUGGCCUGGAUGAAGAGGGUCAUCGAGGAACAGCUCCAGCUGGAAAAGGAGAGGGAAGCAGAGCUCGAGACUAUCUUCAGGGAAGAAGCAAAAAAAAUGUGGGAGAAGAGGGAAGAAGAAUGGGAAAGAGAGAAGGUGGCCAGAGAUCGCCUGAUGAGUGAGGUCCUUGCAGGCAGGCAGCGCCAGAUCCAAGAGAAGAUGGAGUUGAACAGAAGGGCCCAAGAAGAGUCCAUUAAAUAUCGAGAGCAGCUGAUCAAAGAACUCGAGGAGGCCAAGGAAGGGACUCGUCGGGAGAAGGAGCAGGAGGAGGAACAGCAGAGAGGCCGCAGGAGGGAGCUGCAGGCACAGGGAACAGAGCACAGCUUGAGAGAGGGACAGCAGGAGGGAUCAGCCCAGCAGCACCUCGAGGAGCUGGAGCAGCAGGAGGCCAAGCAGGGCUGGCACAGCAGGUUCUACAGUUACCCUAGAGCAGCUUGGACCUGAGGAAUGAGCAUGAGAUGCAGCUCCGGACUACAGAAAGAAAACUCUGAGGACUCAAGGAACUCCUGAAAUAAUGGUGCCUCUGGAAUAGCCUACAGAGAGAUCAAGACUUGACUCAGUAGAUUUCUGAAAACAUUUAGUUGUGGCCAAGCUGAAGAGGAAAAAAGUUCUACUGUCUUCAGGAAUGUGGAGGUGUGAGCACCUUCAGAAAAGUGAACUGCUUCAUUUUGCAUUCUGGAGUUGUGCUCAUGUAUUUUAGUACGUGAGAGGCUGAAGCAAACCAGCAAAUAAAUGGGCCCUGUGGACCUGAGCCACAAAAGAAUCUGUGUCUGCCCAGGAAGAGGAGCUGUGAAACACCACGGGCUGUGUCACACUCCCACCUCGGAGAAUCAGGCUGUGCCUUGGUUCCCACUGGACUUUGAGGAGUUAAUUCAUAAUGCACAUUGCAAAUCAGUCAGAUCAUGUGUGCUGUGGCAGCAGUGCUUGUCCAAUUCCUCUCCAGAAGGUGCUGGAGACUUAAACAUUGUUUUUCACUUGUUUUAUAAAUAAUGAAUACUAAUAAAUAAUAUUCGUCAAUAAUGAAUAAUUGAAACCUGAACAAGGAUUUGGUUUUGUUACAUGAGCAAACUGUUGCAGCAAGAGGAGAGGAGAUUGAGUUGAUUAUUGCAGUUCAUUCCUGGCUGUUACAGCUUGACAUCAGUCCUGUCACAGUGCACAAGGAGCUCUUACAGGGCUGUGACAAA